AUGGGAAGUGGCUGUACAAGAGUAUGCUGUAAAACAAAAGUGGCUUCAACACCUGUUAUUGGUGGCGCCAUUACCAAUCUAGAAUUAGGACCGAAAGAAACUCCAAAUGGAUGUUGUAUCUUAUAUCCAGGUGUAUCUACUAGUGGCGAUAAAUACACGUGCCCAAUUCUUGCUGUGCAUACUUGGGAUAAAUCGAUGCAGAAUGUGAAAACGGAAAUCGCUGAUCUGCAUAUACUAGGUACCUCGAAUAAAAACAGAAAUACUACGAUGAUAGCAAACGCAAAUGACAAUGUUGAAUUUAAAUUUGGAAUUAACCAAGAAAUUCAAAUGCUUCCUAUUGAAGAUAUUCUCUCCAUCAAAAUAUCAACUGAAGUUAAAAAAGCAGUCGGGCAAGAAAAAACAGUAGCUAUUAAACAAGCUCCAAAAGACGAACUGACAUGUGGUAAAAAAUUUAAAAAUGCCUUAUGUUGUAAAAAGCAAGUAGCACAAGCACCUGAACAUCAGGUUACUACAACAGAAAAGCGAAAUGCAACAAGAACCAUUACCGUUACUAUCGAGCGUAUUCAUUAUAGUCUAAUUGACACACCAAGCCAUUUGCGUGUUGUUUCAGAAAAACGUCAGGAACAAUUUUAUGACUCCCAUUUGAAAGAAAGAGUAAUCAAGUUCCAUUAUUUAAACAAUGAAAUAUUCGAUGAGAAUGAAUACAUGAUUCAUCUACAACAAUGUGAAGAUCUUGCACGUCUUGUAAUGCAAUUAAAAGCCAUGAACAAUCAUUAUCCUGAUGAAGCUCAACUUCAAAGCAUUAUUCAACAAAAUCAUAUUCAUCAUUUUGGUCAAAUAGUGAAUAGAGAUAUUGAAACUUUGGAAGGUACUUCUGAUGUAACCGCACUUACAGUAUAUAGAAAUAAUUAA